AUGGAGAAGAUACAGGCGGAACUGAAGGAGGCGGAGACGAAGCAGAGGAGUCUGAGCAAGGCGUACGAGUGCGUACACGCGCAGGCGACUGCGCUUAUUAUCUUCGCCGUGCAAUGGAAGGAUCUGGAGGAGCACUUCGAGUCGACUCGGUACUCGCUCGAGUUGCAACUCCGGGAACUCGCCCGUCGCGAGACGGCGGUCCAGGUGCGGUACGGGGAGUUGGAGGCGAAGGAGAUGAAGUUCAACUCUGAAAUCGAAUCGAAAGCGGACGAGUUGGGGGGGCUUCAGAGGCUGAUCGACGAGAAGGUUGAGGAUGUUAUACAGAAUAAGAACCACUUGCACUCUCUCCAGUCAUUGAUUCAGGAAUGUAGCAAUGAGGUUGUGGUGCAAGAGACGAGAUUGAUGGAGGCUGAGGGUUUUGUUGUGGAGAAGAAGAGGGAGUGCGAUUCGAUUGAGAGGCGGGUUGAGCGGAGGCAGAAAAAAUUGGAUUGGGUUGAGAGAAGGGUGGAGGAGAAGUUGAAGGUGGCGGAGGAGAAGUCGAAAUUGGCUGAGGUGAAGGCGGAGGAAGCGAGGGGGUUUGAAGAGGCGUUGGAGAAGUGUGUCGAAGAGAUUGAGUUGAAGAAGAGGGAGUUGAAUGAGAUUAGGGGGUUGAUUGAGAAGCGCAAGGAGGAGUUCAAUUCGAUAGGGGAGCAGAUUAUGGGGGCGGAAGAGUUGAUGAAGGUCCAGGAGGAGCAGCUGGGUUUUAAAGAAGAGAGAAUUAAGGAGGCGCAAAGGGCGGUUGAACAGUGCGACAAAGAGUUGAAAUGGAGAGAGAAGCUGAUUACGGAGGCGGAAAGGGCGGUUGAAGAAUGUGACAAGGAGUUGAAGCUGAAAAAGGAGAAACUUGUUGUCAUUGAUAAGUCAUUAGUGGAGUGCUCGAAUGCGCUGGAAUCAAGAGAGAAAAAGAUUAGGGAAAUAGACUCGAAAAAGGAUAAAGAUUUGUGCUUGCGUGAGAAAUCAUUGGAGGAGUGGUCCUGUAAGCUUGAGUUUAAAGAGAUGGAAGUUAGAUUGGGAGAGAGAAUUGUCGAGUUAAAAGCUGGGGAACUCCAAAAGUUGAAGGAAGGCGAAAGGUGUUUGGAAUCUGUCUCGCAGGUACUUAAACAGAAAGAGAACCGACUUCAAGACCUUGACGAAGAGCUCGAAUUGAAGCAGAAAGAACUUGAUUUGAUAAAAAAAUCCACUGAAGAACGCGCCAAAAACUUGGAAUUGAAAGAGAGGCAACUUGAAGAUCAGACCAAAGAGCUUGAACUGAAGCAGAAAGGAUUUGAUUCGAUAAAAAAAUUCUCUGAGGAACGCACCCAAAACCUGAAAUCGAAAGAGAAUACUAGUAUUCUUCUUUCUCAUGUGAAAAUUGAGCAAUUUGAACAUAUCCCUGCCAACAAUGUUGUUGUUCCUUCUACCUCAAGUAACCAGUCCAGCGUCAAUAUGGAUGGUAGAGGCUUGCUGUUGUUCAUAAAUGAGCAUUUGAAGACAUAUGUUCUAUUGGGUAGUGAAAUCUCAGCUGCUCUUCAGGCGUCACCAGACCCGGCAAAAUUAGUUUUGGAUGCUAUGCAAGGUUUUUACCAUGCAAAUUCAAGUGCGGACAAAAGCGAGUGUGAUUUUGAUUUACGCAUUACUAGGAUGACUUGUAGCCUUUUGUUGGAGAAUUUAAAGAGUGUCUCCCCCCAAAUUAACCCUGAGGUGAGAGAGGAAGCAAUUAAGUUGGCAGGUGAUUGGAAGGUUAAAAUGAGGACGGACAAUUGCUUGGAGGUUUUGGGUUUUCUGCGGCUUGUUAGUACAUAUGGAAUCACCUCGUUUUAUGAUGCGAAGGAGCUUCAAAGUCUUUGUGCGAUUGUUGCUAAGGAUGAACACACAACUGAAUUAUCCUGGGCUUUUGGUAUGACUGGUGAGGCACCUGCCAAAAUUGAGGCCCCAGAAUCUUUACCGGCAAAAAAUGCAGAAACUCGUUCUUCUCCGAAUCUUCAGCUAACUGCCACCAGAGAUGCUAGUGCUACUCAUUUGCAGGGGUUUUUAAAUGAGCUUUUCAGUAGGGAUCGUUUGACACAGACCGAAACUUGGGCUGCUUUUCAAUCGUCAUCAGAACCAGAACCAGAAAAGUUUGUGAUGGAUGUGAUGCAAACUUCUUUUGAUAAAUACUCCAAAAUAGAGGAUGCUGGUUUUAAAGAAAUUGUCAUGGCAAAUUACAUUUCACUACUCAACAUGCUGAUGAGAAUUAAACCGCAUGUUGGACAUCAUGUUAACAAAGAUGCUCUAAAGCUAGCAAUCAAUUGGAAAUUGAAAAUUGGUGCCAGUACCCAACCCCUCGAGCUUUUGGGUUUUUUGCAGUUCAUAGCUACAUAUGGACUGCUUUCCAUGUUUAAUAGAGAGACUUUAGUGUUGCUUGGAAGGAUUUCUCAGCAGAAGCAGGCGCUAGAAAUAUGUCAGACGCUUGGUUUAGCUGAUAAGAUCCCUGAAAUCAUUCGGGGUCUUAUUGAAAAGAAGCAACUAAUUGAGGCCGUUCGAUUGAUUUGCCCGUUUAAGUUAAUUGAGAAGUUCCCGCCAGCACCACUCUUGGAAGAAUUUGUGGAGAAUGCGAAGUUGUUGUGCAUUCAAAUGAGCAAGAGACAUAAAUUAUUUUCUGAAAGGGAUAAGUGUGUAAACGACCAGAUUGCUGCUCUUAGAGUUGUGAUUCAAUGUAUCAAAGAUUGCAACCUCGAGUCCGAGUACCCUUCCAGGUUCAUUGAAACACGAAUAGCUCUUCUGGAAAACAUGAAGAAGAAUCGCAGACGCCAAAUGACAUCUCCUCCCUCCAAGGUUGAACAACAAGGGAAGAAAAAUUCUCGAGUCUCCAAGGUUGAGGGACAAGAGCAGAAACAGUCUCCUGCCUCCGAAGUUGAGGGACGGGAGCAGAAAAAGUCUCCUUCCCCUAGAGUUGAGGGACGAGAGCACAUCAAACCUCUUGCCUCCAAUGUCGAACAAGGGGCAGAAAAGCCUUUUGCUUCCACUGUUGAGGGACAAGAGCAGAAAAGAUCUGUUCCCUCCCAGGCUGAAUCAGAAGAACACAGAAGAGGCAAGAAACGUCAACCCAACACUUUGCCUCGCCGCAUUCAACCACCACAACAACGUCGAAAUAUGUAUAAUCAGACAUCUGCUUCCCCUGGUACAUCCUAUUCAUCACCACUAAUCACCCCAGGCUAUCGGAAGCCAGGUCCGUUGCCUGGGGAGAAUUUUCAAAGCCAUGCCGAAUCGUGAUUAGACCGAGUAUGAACCUGCUAUACGUACUAACUAGGAAAGACCACUGCGUAACUCUGAAGUCCCGUCCUAGUUCGCAAUGCUGCUUACGGAUACCUUCCUCGUAAUGUACCCUUAGUUUUUAUGGUGGCACUAUAAGUUGGCAACUCGUUGUCUUCUGUAAGUUGCACUACCACUAUUUAGGAGAGGCGACAUAAUCUGACCUGACUAUUGUAAAUACCCUUUGGCAUAGAUAGUGUUGUUUUUGUUUUUU